AUGCAUGAAAUACAAUCAUUUGAAUUGUUGAUACAAGUUGAACAAGGUGAUAUGCAAGGAAGACAUUAUGAAUUUGAAAGGUAUUUACCAAUAUCACAUGAUGUACAAGUACUACUGGAACCUAAACAUGUCUUACAAAUAGCAUCACAAACUGAGCACAUAGUUCCAAUAAUAAAAUAGUGAUCCUCACAAGUUUAGCAUACGGUGUUAGAUGUGCAUGUAGCACACUAAGUAGGGCAAUUUGAGCAAUUCACACCUUAUUUGUAAAACUUAGGAAAACAAGUUGAACAAGAUUUUUAUGAAAACGUAGGAAUACAUGAUGAACAAUACACCAGACUACAAAUUUCGCAUCCAUUUUAACAAGUAUCACAUAUUUCAAUCACAGGAAUAACAUAAAAACCUGGCUUACAUUAAUCACAUUUUGAAUCAUCUGUACAACUUAUACAAUUAGAUAUACAAUCUACACAUUAACCAUUAUCCUCAAAUUAUCCUUAAUUACAACUCCAAGUUACUGAUAUAAUUUAAUAUGUCUUUACAUAAACAGUUCAUUAGAAUAAUGUUGAUUCUAAGUAUGCUGUUGGACAUACAAAAAUUAUUAAUAAUAUAUGGGAAAUUGAUGAUGCAAUAAGGAUUUAACAAUUAUAUUUAUCAAAAAUUUAUAACAAAUUAUUAUUCAUUCAUCUUUACCUUCAGAGGCUUAAAUUAAUUGUCAAAAUGCUGA